AUGACUAUGGAUGUCGACAAGCUCAGCACAUUGGAAAUGAUUGACCCGCGCCCGUUGCCCCCGUGGCGGUCGGACGCCUUUACGGAGAUCGAGCUCGAACACGACCGGGAAACAGUGAGAGAACGAGCAGAAAUUGCGAGGAACACACCGAAUAUUGUCGUCUACUCGGACGCUUCCGGAUGCGAGGGUCAUCUGGGCGCUGCCAUCGUCGCACUCAAUGAUGGCGAUGAGGUGAUGGACAUCUUCUACGCGGUCAACAUGGUGUUCAAGUUAGCUCACCAACGCCCGAUCAUCGGAAACAGUAGUCACGCAACCGCCACUAUUCUCUGUGAUAGCAAAUCGGCCCUGCAAGCAAUUCAAAACGCGAAAAAUAAACCGGGCCAGCGAAUCGGCCAUGCAACCCUCCAUGCAGCCACCGAGGUCCAAGCAAAAUCUAUGACGCUCCGCCUCCAGUGGAUGCCAGGGCAUUGUGAAAACAUCGGCAACGAUGCGGCGGAUCCACUCGCUAAGGAAGCUGCACAACCGGGCAAAACCCACCAUUUUCGGCCGCUACUGUCAAAGGAAAACGCACAUAUUCGCAAUAAGAUUCAUGCUCAGUGGGGACAAGAAUGGAAGUCAAGCACCAAGGGCUCACACCUACAGAAGAUUGACAACACGCUACCGUUGCGGUACACCAGAAAACUCUAUGGGAAUUUACCCAGGAACCGAGCGUAUUUGCUGACACGGCUACGCACGGGCCACAACUGGCUAUCUUGCUACCGAAAAAAGAUUGGCUACAGCGAUGAUGAUCGUUGUGAGUGCGGCGCGCAGGAGACAGCACGCCACGUUUUGAUGGAAUACCCGAGGCUACGAGAGCCGCGAGCGGAAUUGAGAAGACAAGUCGAGGACGCGCUCAACAGUGUAUCGAGUCUGCUGGGAGGCUCAAAUGAAGGCGAGAAAGGUAAACUAGACACCUUCUCGCGAGCCAAGACAGUACGAGCUGUACUGGCCUUCGCCGAGGCGUCACAGAGGUUUCGCAGUCGUGCGUCAUAG